CUAUGAAUAUGUAUAAACCACCAAAACCUGGAUCGAAAAUUAUUAUUGUUGGAGGUGGAUGUUUUGGUCUUUCUACAGCUCAUGCUUUAGCAUUGAAAAAGAUAUAUCAAGUGGUAGUAUUUGACCGUCUUCCUAUUCCUGUACCUGACGCUGCUUCCUCAGAUAUUAGCAAGGCUGUAAGAUUUGACUAUGGAAAUAACUUAUUAUAUAUGAAUCUCACCUUGGAAGCCAUGCCUUAUUGGCAUCAAUGGAACAAAGAACGUGCUAUACAAAAUGAACCACCAGUAUUUCAUCAAACGGGUGUUUUACUAUUUGGCCAUCAAGGCAAGUUUGGUGAUUAUGAAUUGGAAAGCAUGAAAGCUAUUCGUGAAGCUGGUUAUGGACAUUGUAUUGAAGAACUAUUAACACCUGAAGCUAUUUUAAAAAAAUACCCUCAUUUUGAAGAAACUGUCAAGAAUAGUUAUGAUAUUGCGUAUUUCAACAAAGAAGGUGGUUGGUGCAAUUCUUCCGAAGCUAUUAAACAUCUCUAUGGAAAGUGUAUCAAGGAAGGAGUACAAUUUGUGAUUGGACAAGAUCAAGGCUGUUAUAAGGAACUUUGGAUAGAAGACAACUCGGAUGUUCGAGGUAUCAUCACACGGGAUGGUCAACAUCAUAUUGCUGAUAAUGUUAUAUUCGCCACUGGAGCUUGGACGGCUGGUUUACUUGGUAUCAACGAAGAACUAUUAGCAACCGGUCAAGUCGUCAUGCAUUUCAAACCAAACAAAUCCAAUCUUCAAGCAUUGAUGGAUCAACCAGUAUGGUGUGCAGAUGUUGCUAAUACCGGUUAUUAUGGAUUCCCUGCUAAUGAAGAUGGUAAACUCAAAAUUGCUCGACAUCAUUCUGGAUACCUGAAUCCUAGAUCUGGUGAUGAUAUUUCAAUUCCAAGAACUCAAGUCGAUCAUGCCAAUGAUACUAUUCCUAUCAGUGCUCUUCAACAUGCACGUACUUUUCUAGGCAAAUUUCUUCCUAUGACUUCUUCUAUGGAUAUUACUUACACACGUGUCUGCUGGUACAGUGAUUCGAAAGAUGGUGAUUUUUUGAUUUGUCCUCAUCCAAAUUAUAGUAAUGUGGUUAUUGCUUCUGGAGAUUCCGGUCAUGCGAUGAAGAUGCUUCCGGUCAUUGGUUACAAGAUUUGUCAUGUCAUAGAAGGGAUUGAUUCGGAUUAUUCUAGAGCCUGGUGUUGGAGGACGACUAUAGAAGAAAAAUUUGAUGCAUUCCGAGGACGUAUCGAAAAUGUACGGACUACUUUGGGUGACCAAGAUGGAGGUGGGCGAUUUGCAACACAACACGAAUUAUUAGCGGCAAAACAUCGACUGUAGCUUGUCACUUUAUCUUUUAUUGUAUUUUCAUUUAUAUUCCUUUAUCUUUAAUUAUUCUGUACUAUCCAAUAAAUUUGUUACUUCUUCCUAUUGAUA